AGGAAAUCCGAUCUGAUACGUGACCGCUGAUCAGUGUAAUCAGAUAUGUUAACAGGACCUUUUGACACAGACUCAUCAUAUGCGCUCCAGACGAGCAUCACUGAACUCUAGGUUGCGAUGGAAUGGAUUACUUUAAUUUUGACUGUAUCUAUUGUGAUUAUUUCUUUUCAUCUUCUCUUUGGCAAAAGAAGUCAUCCCAAUGCUCCUCCAUGCGUAAGAGGUUGGAUACCUUGGUUUGGUGCUGCUUUUGAAUUUGGCAAAGCACCUUUGCAUUUCAUUCAGCAAGCCAGAGCCAAAUAUGGCCCAGUUUUCACUGUUGUAGCUGCUGGGAAAAGACUGACAUUUGUGACCCUAAAUGAGGAUUUCCGAGCUUUCUUCACCUCCAAAGAUGUUGAUUUUGAACAAGCAGUGCAAGAAGCUGUUCACAACACAGCUUCUAUCAGCAAAGACUGUUUCUAUAAAACCCAUCCAACCUGUGCCACCGUAAUCAAAGGCAGACUGACUCCGGGCAACACAGCAAUGCUCUCUGUUCAUCUCUGUGAAGAAUUUAAUGACCAUCUGGAGAACUUUGGAAGUGAAGGAUCUGGACAGCUGAAUGAGAUCAUCAAGAGUGUUAUGUAUCCAGCAGUAAUGAGCAACUUACUGGGCCGAUGUAACUCCCCUAAUAAUGCCCUCACGAGGCAGGAGUUCCUGGAGAAGUUCACAACGUAUGAUGAAGGAUUUGAAUAUGGCUCCCAACUCCCAGACAUGUUCUUGAAGCAAUGGGCAAACUCAAAGCAAUGGCUCCUUUCUCUGCUGAGAAAUAUGGCUAUCAGAUCACAGGAGACCCUCUACAAUGAGAAUGAUGGAAAGACUUUACUACAGCACCUGGCUACUGCAAUAAGUGACAAAUAUCUUCCCAAUUAUGGUUUACUUUUGCUUUGGGCUUCCCUGGCAAAUGCUAUACCAAUUACAUUUUGGGCUAUUGCUUUUAUUUUGGCCAAUCCUGAAGCGUAUAAGAUUGCAAUGGAUCAGAUCAACGCUGCCCUCAGAGACCAAGACAAGGAGAAGACAAAGGUGACCCUAGAUGACUUACAGCACAUGCCAUAUGUGAAGUGGUGUAUCAUGGAAGCCAUUCGGCUGAGGGCCCCUGGAGCCAUCACUCGUAAAGUAGUGCGGCCUCUCAAAUUACAGAAUUAUGUUAUCCCACCUGGAGACCUGCUGAUGUUGUCUCCCUACUGGGCUCACCGAAACCCCAAAUAUUUCCCAGACCCGGAAGAUUUCAAACCUGAACGAUGGGAAAAGGCAGAUUUAGAAAAGAAUGUCCACUUGGAAGGGUUUGUGGCAUUUGGAGGGGGGAAAAAUCAGUGCCCAGGAAGGUGGUACGCUGUUAUGGAAUUGCAUAUGUUUGUGGCACUCAUCCUCUACAAGUUUGAAUUCACCCCGCUGGAUCCUGUACCCAAACCGAGCCCUCUGCAUUUGGUGGGAACCCAGCAGCCAGACGGAACCUGUACAGUGAGAUACAAGCAUAGAUAGAGCGCUCAUGUUCAGAGGCCUGUGCUACUGCUUUAGAGAUUUGUUGACAGUCUUGACACAAGAGUUGCAGAGAUCAACCGCAUAUCCUGGGCUUCAAAGGUUUGAAGCAUCAUGGUGAAUGUUAAACAGUGACUUGGACACAGGCAAAUACUAUAUCCCUCUAAAAGAAACCAGAAAAUCACAUAAUGCUAAAGGUAAUUUAGGAUAUUAGCUUUAAUAUAUAUUACAGUUUUGUUGGGUCAACCUCUUGUAUAACUGAUGGCAUAAUAGAGAUGAUAUAUAUCAGAAAGCAUGAGGUUGUGGAAAUUCCUUUCCCAGACUGAGAGACUUUAUCAUUUUCAGGAUGUAUGAAAUAAACAAAAUGUAUUGCUGUAUGUGACUGCAGUCAUAUAAUACAGUUAAACAUCUUGUGCACGAAAUAGAUGGAGUAAAGACAAGUUUAUAGACAAUAUAACUAAGUGGAGGUUCUCUUUUGUGAAGCAGAAAUAUGUAAACACAUUAUUAUGUGUAUAAACACCAUGCUUCUUUUUCUGUAGUGGUGAAAAGGAUUGUUUCUAUAAACACAUCUGUCUUGUAGUCUGUAAGUUCUUUACUGCAUCUGUGUACACGCAUUUCUGGAUAAUAUUACAUAAUAUUACAUGACAUAAGUUGGAGUAAUUUUAUGUGCUCGGAUGCAAGCAUCUUUAAUUCGUAAGUCAAAUAGAUUGUUUACAUGCAUUAAAUAUAUACUCGAUUGAAUCAAUCACUGGUAUUGUAUACAUUUGGAAGAUGAAAAUCCUUUGUGCUACUUUGCAGUGCGUUUCACUAAAUAACAAGUUUAAUUGUGUUGGAAUAAAGAACAUG